AGUUCCCUAGCUCCAGCCGCCGUUGCUGCCUCCUGUGUAGUUGCAGCCGCCGCCAGCUCACUCCGGGGGAAAGAGAACGCGCGCGAGCUCGGGCGUCCACGCCCCAGCCUUUCCCGGAGCCAUGAAUCCCAAUUGCGCCCGGUGCGGUAAGAUCGUGUACCCCACGGAGAAGGUGAACUGUCUGGAUAAGUUCUGGCAUAAAGCAUGCUUCCAUUGCGAGACGUGCAAGAUGACACUCAACAUGAAGAACUACAAGGGCUACGAGAAGAAACCCUACUGCAACGCACACUACCCCAAGCAGUCAUUCACCAUGGUGGCCGACACCCCGGAAAACCUCCGUCUCAAGCAACAGAGCGAGCUCCAGAGUCAGGUGCGCUAUAAGGAAGAGUUUGAGAAGAACAAGGGCAAAGGCUUCAGCGUGGUGGCAGACACACCCGAACUCCAGAGAAUCAAGAAGACCCAGGACCAGAUCAGUAAUAUAAAAUACCAUGAGGAGUUUGAGAAGAGCCGCAUGGGCCCCAGCGGGGGUGAGGGCAUGGAGCCCGAGCGCCGAGAUUCCCAGGACAGCAGCAGCUACCGGCGGCCCCAGGAGCAGCAGCAGCUUCACCACAUCCCGACCAGCGCCCCAGUUUACCAGCAGCCCCAGCAGCAGCAGGCGGCCCCGUCCUAUGGUGGCUACAAGGAGCCUGCAGCCCCAGUCUCCAUACAGCGUAGCGCCCCAGGCGGGGGCGGGAAGCGGUACCGCGCUGUCUAUGACUACAGCGCUGCCGAUGAGGACGAGGUCUCCUUCCAGGAUGGGGACACCAUCGUGAACGUGCAGCAGAUUGACGACGGCUGGAUGUAUGGGACCGUGGAGCGCACCGGUGACACGGGGAUGCUGCCGGCCAACUACGUGGAGGCCAUCUGAGCCUGCGGGGCACUGCUCCGCCUCACCGUUCUUCAGUGCAUUCCACAGCAUCAUCCGUCCUGGGCGUGACCUGUCCACCCUUCAGUGUCUUUGUUUUUUUAAAUCUGCGACAGCUUGUUUAUUCCCACCCUCCUCCAGCUUCUUUUGCCAACUGAAGCCUUGUUCUGCCAUUUUCGCAGGCUCCUUCCUCUGGCAGGUUUUCCUCUUGACCAACUUCUUGGUUUUCUCUCUGGAUGGAACAGGUGUGGACCUCUCAGGGGAGGCCAAGGCCCAUGAGGCUGGUCUGGAAUGGGAGAUCCGUCAGCUCCCAGGCCUCUGCCUUCUCUCUUUUCGGCCCCCUCAGAUCCUUCCACCCACCUCCUCACAUACCUGAACAUUCCGGGGCUGGGGUGAGCCCCAGGACUCCCAGGGGAGGGUCUCCAUACAUUCCUGGAAGUAGGACCCCACCGCCCUUGCCCCUGGGAUGGUGAUGGGUUGGGGGCUGCCACUGUGUAGGUACCAGUAAGAGGGCUUUUUGCCUCUGCUUCUCAAAAGUGGGGUUGCUGGCCCUCUGAGGGGUCCCCUCACCAACCUCUCCCCUUCUCAAGGACAACAAAGGGGGGUAAAGUUCCCAUUUUGGGGUUCAUUCAUCCUCCUCACACCUGUUCCCACUUGCACUGUGAUUUUGCUCUCCUGUCCACCCAGACCCCAUAUGGGUGAGGAGCUCCCCAGGAAGAGCGUGGCUUGGGUCAAGUUCUGGCCUUUCUUUUAGGGACAGCUGCAGGAAAACAGGGGACAUGGUGUUCUCUCCCGCUGCCCUUGUCCCUCACUCCCACUCCCAACCUCCUGGGACCCUGGCUUGCCUCCUUGGCUGGAAGCCGUGGUCCUGAAAGGUGGGGCUAGGAAGCCUCGGGCCUCUUGGCCUUGGAGGCCCAGCCUCCUGAGAUCUGGGCUGGGUGGGCCACUCCUGCCUAUUCUCAUGGAAAGAUGUCUCUGGCCUUCUGUGACCUCCUCUCCCCAGCCUGCCGCCAAGUGGACCAGAAUUGUGCAAAGCCACAGCCUCUGUAUCUCUAGAACUUAGCAUAUGGGAGAAGGAGCGUGUAUGUCUGCAGGUGUCUGUGACUGGCUAGUGUGAGCACGAAUGUGAUAGAAGGGGCAGUGUGCGCGGCCCGCUGGAGCCUCUAGGCUUACGUGAGGGUGUGCAGAGUGGUCUUCCCCUGAUACUUCCCUCAAAACCCACAGAGAGAGGGGAGGGCACUGGGGGAAAGAAGUUCCUUAUGUUUUCUAUGGAGUGAAAAUUUCUCCUAUCUCCAAAUGGAGGAAGCCCACCCACCCCCUUUUGCAGUGUGCUGAGCAGAAGUAAGGAGAUGAUUGAGGAUUGGUGGGGGCUGAUAUUAUACCCUGCUGGGGUAGGGAUGAGGGGGAGCCUUCAUGGCUCCAGCCAUAUUGUCUUCCCCUAUCUCUGUCCUCGGCUGCAGAGUAGGGGCCAAAGGACCCUGACACCCACGCUGUGGAUGCCUCAUUCUGGCGACUCUUCCCCCAGGCCUCCCCCUUGCUUACCCUAAAGCCCCCUUGAAGCUUUGGGAGAGGGCCCCAGGGCUACAAAACUGGAAGCACAGACGCCAGGACAUGGAAGGGAAAGGUGGUGCUAUCUCCAAGUCCUUUCUGUCCUUCGUUGGUGGCUGUGACAACCCUUGCCUGGCUUUAUUCAUCUCUGGGCUUUCUCAUGACCUUUUGAGUUGCCCCUCCCAUUUCAACCUUGAGUCCAGGCAGGCCCCACAGUUGACAUCUUUGCCUCCUUGUAACUGUACAAGGGGGAGGGGCCUGCAGGCAUAGUCAACAAUCAAGUCCUCGCUGCUUGUGAGUUAAAUUGGGAAUAUUUAUUUCUAAUCCCAGAGCUGAGGAAAAUGGCUGUGGGGGAGGAGCCACUGCUUUUUCCAAUCCAUUUUCCUGCUUGGCCCCAGCCAAUAUGAGAGCAGGUGGAGGGGUCUCAUAUUGGGUGAUUUGCAGGAUGAGGGAGCAACUUGGGGAGCCUUGGGGGACGCGUUGGUCCAUUCUGUUUCUUGAUCUCAAAGCACAACAUGGAUUCUGGGGCCGAAGGUCAGAGACACAUCCUGUUGCAGGACCUGCAGUUGGGAGGGUGGUGAGAGGGUGGGAGGAGGACCUGAGGAGCAAGAAAUAGCCUUUUCACUCAGCUUGAUUUUCCUUCCAAAAUAAGGCAAGCCAGCCAUUGGAAUCCUGCUGCCGGGCCCUCUGCUCUUCUCAUCCUAAAAACAGGGGACCUUUUCUUACCUCCAGAGAGAGGAGGGACUAUCACACUGGUGCUGAGGGGCCCAGGGACUGCUGGGAGUCCUUGUUCUUCUCCGGAACCUCUAUUUUAUAGAAGAGCACGGAACCCGAGAGCCGGGCCAAAUCCCUGGUCUUACAGUUCACAGAGGUCUUUUAGCCUAUCAUCCCAGGAGAGAAGAUACAUCAGAGUUAGAAUGUGAAUAUAACAUUAGUGGACCAAUAAUAAAAUGCAAGAAGCCCAAUGGUGAGGAAAGUGAAUUCUCUCAACAAUGCUUUCUGUUUUCUUCCUCAUGUCCCUCCAGGGAAAACUAUUGCUUAAUUUUUGCCUUUUUUUCCCUCUCACAUAUGCACUUUUGGGCCUUUUUUUUUUUUUUUUCAAAUAGCUGGAAAAAAUACCACCCCACAAACCUGUAUUUAAAAAGAAACAGAAAUGACCAUGUGAAAUUUGCCUCUGUCCAAACAUUUCAUCUGUGUGUGUGAAGCAGUCAUUCAUCGUUUUAUAUGGGGUGGUUGUCUCUUCUUGGUCUGUUUGGUCCCCUCCGUCGUGGGCUUGUGCUUGGGAUCAAAUCCUUCUGGCCUAUUAUGAUUCUGAACAUUUAACUUGGACCACAAGUGAAUCUUUCUGGUGACUCAAAUAAAAGUAUAAUUUUUA